CACUUUUACCCUCGUCGUGGGUGAUAUAUAUUUUUAGCACCGCAGCUUCGGAAAUGGCGUAAAAACGUAAAGCAAGUGGGACAUUCAUUCACUAGAAGGGCCGACCAGUAUCAUCAUCACCAGAUACCGAUUCCGGAGUUGCGGUGCCUGCGGGAGUUUGCAUGAAAAUUCGUCCUUCGUUUCCGGCUUCCUCAUUCCGUGCCGCAGCGUACAGCGUGAACCCCGCGAUCCAGUCGAUUUUGACACUUGACAGUUUGAUAUUUCAGUGGAGGGCUGGGAGUGUGAAGAAGAAAAAAAGAGAGAGAGAGAGAGUGAGAGAGCAUAGACAGUGCUCUGGUUGGCAACGGGAAACCGGUGACAGCAGCUCCUGGCAGCAGUCACGAAAGCUUGCCUCUGUAUGCUGUGUGCUGCCGUGAAAAGUGUCCGUCCCUGUUGGAAAACUGUCAAUGUCGCAUUGCGGAUGAGAGCGUCGCUUAUGGUACCACCAGACCCCCAAGUCGCGAGUCGGUCGGAUUGUUACGCGUGAACUUGCAUUUUUGCGUGCUUUUCUUAUUGUGUUUUGUUUCAUUUGGAAGUUGCCAGGAAAUUCGAAGUGCAUUAGAAUUAGGAAAAAUUCUAUAUUAAGUGUGUUUUUAAAAGGCAAAUCAUCCUUUUGUGUACCUCUAUUUUUAUCAUAUCGAUUACAGUGUCCGAUAAAAACAAAUGGAAUAAGUUUAAUUAACAAACCUCUUUGUAUACGUGUGUUUGUGUGAGUGAGUGUGCUAAACGGUCCUAAGAAAACCAACUAUGUGAACAACUGAGUGAAGAAAAUUCGUGCAAAAGUGGCUGAGAAGAGUGUGCACACGAAAAAAAAGGGAAGCAAAAAUCAAUUAUCUGCAGGCAAAACGGGGGAGAACGUCCAAUCUAUUUGGUAACAGCUGGGGCAAGCAAAAAAAAAACAAAAAGGAAAGGAAAGAAAAGUUGGCACCAGCUGCACCAAACCCUGCUGCAGCAGUAGGGACCAAUUUUCGAAUCAAUAAUUGGUCCAUCGUGAAUCAGUGGCAGUCGGCUGGGCGGACGGCAUAAUCGGCAUUGGAGUUGGCUGUGUUCGGAUAGCAAACAUGAUACGACUGAGUUAGGUUGCGGUCGCACUAGCACCAGACCUCAAUGUCGCCAUCAGUGAGCGAAAAAGCAGCAGCAGCAGCAGUAGCAGCAGCAGCAGCAGCAGCAGCAGCAGUAGUAGUACCAGCGUCAACAGUAUCGUGCCCGCGACGGCACCAACGAAACCACGGAAAGACGGCCACUUCGUAACCUUUUCUUGUGCGCUUCCUACGUUUCUAGCGCACUUCCCUUUUUCGCUCUCCUGUUUUCUCUGACACUUAAGCUACACAUACACUCUGACGCCACUGUCAAGCAACGUGUGAGAGUACACAAACCACACACAUACAAGUGUCUUCUGUUAUCCUUUGCGCUCGCUCGCUCUCCCUCUCUCUCGCUCGCGGCGCUCUCGGCAGUUGCCGCACACUGUUGCAUUUCACCGUGCAGCAUAAUAACGCGCGCUCUGUGCAAAACAAAGCACACAAAAAGAAACAACCACAACUCCGUUCCUAUCCUGUCAUAUGAUUCGAGCUUCCGGACACCGGUACAGUAGGCAUACCAGCAAAACUACAUCAACAAUACGCAGCAGCACCAGCGCGACCGAACGUUGUUAUUAGGAUAGGCGAAUUUUUAAAUCAAACAAACUGUUAGCGAUGGAUCGAAAACAGUGGGUUAUUAUCCCUUUAGCACUGGUAGGAGUGUUUUGGUUUUGGAUUCCACAGGUUUCCGCCGAGUGUCAAACACGCUCAAUCUACUGCUACGAGUGUGACAGUUGGACGGAUGCGCGAUGCAAGGACCCGUUCAACUACACCGCCCUGCCCCGCGAUCAGCCGCCGCUGAUGACCUGCAACGGAUGCUGCGUGAAAAUGGUGCGCCAUUCCAGGACGCCGUACGAGGUCGUGAGGCGGAUGUGUACGUCACAGUUGCAGAUCAAUCUGUUCAUGGUAGAUCAUGUGUGUAUGAUGGAAAGUUCUGGCAAUGGCCAUAUGUGUUUCUGUGAGGAAGAUAUGUGUAACUCCAGUCCCUCCAGCUUGCUCACCGCAAACCCGCACCACACCGUGCACGUGUGCAUCGGUAGCGUGCUGGCCGUGUACUUGCUACAGCUCCUCCAGCGAGUCUUUCGGUAAAGCGUGUCGAGGUCGGUUAUGGUUACUUACUUAGCGAGCAAAAAAAAACGCGACCAGAAAAGAAAACACAAAAGCAAACCAAAACCCCAAACAAACAGCUGCUGUCGCUCGGGGCUUCCCUCGUCUCGUUGUAGUGCUUUGUCCUUUGUCCCGCUGACCCGCUGUUAUCAUCCUCUCGCUCUCCCCUCAAUCCCAAUCCUCAACCUCAACCUCAACCAAUCCAAUUAGAUGUUCCGCAUCUUGGCCGACUGGCAGCUAGCUGUGCUGUUUGCCCUCGCAACCAAUGAAAGACUCGUUCUCUCCCCCCCAAAACGCUCCGUUUUUUAUUACAACAUACUCCCGCUAAAAGCGCACCACGCUCGCCUCUUUCUUAUAUCUAUAUAGUUGUAUCUGUUGUAUGUUCCUUGCGAUCAGUUCGAUCUCCGGUUCGACGCCGGUUCGGCUCGGAGGUCCUCGAUGCGCCACGCGGGCCCAAUCGCCCAAGUACGUCCCAAAGUGCUGUGUAUAGACACGUGCCCGUGCGUCAACCCAAGAGUCUCCCGGGCUCCUGGGGCCAUCCUUAAGGACCCAUACCACUCACUACACAUCAAUCAAGCCGCACCUCACCCAAUCAAUCCAUCCUUUCGAUUCGAAUCAUUUUGGUAGCCGAAAAGAAAAGAGUGAACCGAACCGAAAUGUAAAGAAAAUGUGCUCCACUCCAAAAGCUAUGCUACACAUGCUGGCGCCGCCAUUUAGGCACUCCAUCUAGGCCUGGCACGUGCUCAAUUUGUAGUAGCAAUUUUUGUGAAAGUGUACCCCAUUUCAUGUCCCCAAUUUCCACAAGCGGUUUCCACCAACAAAAAAGAAAAACCAUUCCAUCCUCUUCGCUAUCGGUUCAUUUAGUCCCAUUUUUCUGUUCUCUUUUUGUCUCUUUCUCUCAUGUUAUAAUUUCUCCCCACUGAAUCUUAAAAAUAGAUAGUUUUCUUACUUUGUUUUUCAUAAAAAAUAGACUGCACCAAACUGGUUUUUUCAAAGAAUAGAGCAAUGUAAUACCUUCUUGGCAGUUUUCGAUUGUGAAGAACACUUUGGUUUUUGCUCUUUUAAUUUUUGCAAUUUUUCACUUCACUUUUUACAUUGGAUUUGUUUACAAGUUAAACUAUUUUGCGUUUUCGUUCGUAAUUUUUUUCAGUAGUUAGCGAUAGAGUUUGUUCGUUUGUUCAUAAAUCUAUCCAUACGGUUGUCUAUUUAACACAUUCUUCUUCGAUGAUUAGUAGAGACACUUUUAGCGUUUCUUUCUUCUUCUCGCUAACGCAAUCAUAAUCUCAUUGUUAUUAUCUUAGCUUAGCUAUAAAAAGUACAUUCUAGAAGCACGGUAAUACGAACACAGGGACACGUUUAAUACGUUUCAUCGUCUUUCUGGUGGCUGGUGAAACCGAUCCGACCAACUUAAUCCAAUAUCAAUCUUCCUCUCGCUUGACAGGGAAGAACAUUAACGGCAGUGAAAGCAACGCUUCAUUGGUGUGCUAUCGCUAGGGAACCAAUUUUCACGCAUUUCCCAAUCGCUAGCUUAGAUAGGAAGAUAUAGAAGUACAUCCAGGUUUAUCCAGUCACAUGUUUCGAUUCCGCACCCUUACCGGCAAGAAUAUUUUUGAUAGAUUUUUGAUCCUUGUUAUAAAAUACGACAAGCAGCUGCAUUGAAUGCAGCUGUGGAGAUAGUGUAAACAAACAGAUUCCUUGCAUGAUACAUUCUAAAAACAAAAAACAAAAAAACAAGCGCGAAAAUUAUGCACCGAACAGGAGCGAGGCGUAUCAUUCUUAUUCUAAACUCUUAUCUCUAGUCUCAACUUUUUCUCAUUUUUUGUAUAAGUAAACUACCAUAUGUUCUUUAAGAUUGACGAUGAAUCUCAUGUAAAUACCAUACACCCUUUCCAACGCGUUUGAAAAGUUACUGCUAGUUACUGCGUUUAGCCCGUUUGAUUGAAUACCAUUGAUUACUGAAGAAAAGCAGCUACAGUUACUUACAGUUGGUUUGUUUUUUUUUUCGUUUCAAUUUUUGUUUGCAGUAGACGCAUGAUAGGAAUAGUGUUAGAGUUUAUUUUUAAUAAGUAUACUAAAUCACUAAUCUUUCUUCGUUCACUUUGUUCAUUCGUUUGAUUAGUUUUAUACUUAUUCUAACAAUGUAUUUCUCUGUUUUAACAUAUUUUUCCGACUCUCUAACCACUAACCAGCUAGAUAUGUACAUUUUUACAUUUUUUAACUUUCUUCCUUGUUUUGUUGUUCUCGUUUUACCUUCUUCUACAUUAGGCAAGUUAGCAAGCUCAUGCGUUUACCUACAUUUUGCAGUUUCUCUUUACUAGUAUUGGUUUGUAAUUGUUUUCCUUUUCCUUUGAAAAGUAGUGGCGCCCUUUUUUAUUACUUUCAUUUUGACUUUCUUCUUCAACCUUCCUGUCUCUUCUGUCCCAUUGACUUACACAUUCCCUUUCCAUAAUAACUAUGCCCAUGAAUUUUUCCUAUUUCACCCUGAUCAUAUCACAUUUACAUGAUCAUAUGAGAUCCGAUGAAAAUUGUACUUUACCUUUUUUCCACCCCACACACACAUACACCCUUACUCUCACAUUCUUUAUCUCCCUUUCUCUCUUUCUUAGAUAGCGCAUCCCGAGUUAAAUCAAGUUUUUUUAUACAUGCUCUAUAACCCGCUAUAACCUUUAGAAGAGCUACCUUAGAAGCCUAUUAGUUCGUUCGUUGGGAAGGGAGGGCGCAAUGGUAGACAGUACGUUUUUUGAUACGAAAGCACAGCAAUAGUUUUGCAGCGUCCGCCAAUGGCAGACACGGAUUGUUGUUUGCCACCAAGAUUGUGACUAACUUGACUUGAGAAUGGGUCAAAGCUCUCAACACAAUAAAACUAAAAGAAACACACACACACACACACACACACACACACACACACACACACACACACACACAUACACUCAUGCUCAUUCCCGCUAUCCCGGCAAUAGAGCAGGACUACUGUAGAUGGCAAGGGCGAGAUUAGAUAGUUACAAAUUUAUAUACACUACUUCUUGGUAUACAUGUACACACUCCCAUACGUAAUGGUGCGUUGGAGGCGUAGUUGAAAGCGAAAACACUCGUCAGGAGGUGGGUGAUCCCGGUGUGGGUGUAAAGUAAGCAGUAACCAUCCCAAACUCCCCAUGGCAAACCAACGCAAAAGCAAUACGACACGCGGCAUACAAGAUUCAUCCAGUUUGCAACACUAGGCGUCAUCUUAGGUUGUUCAUUUGUUUUUCCUCUUUUAAAACAAUAAUUAAAGCGGAAGCUAUUUUUGUUUUAACCCUCACUGGACGGCACAACGAGGACUCGAUUUGUUUGAUUUUUGCGAUUCUCAAUUGCAUACAUUUCAGUAGUGUAAAUACAAACAUUAUCACGGAAAUAUUACACAAAUCCAUUGGCAAGGGGAAGGAUGUUAAAGAUCAUAGUUUGAAAUUCAACGUGCAACAUAGUUUUGAAAGCCACUGUGCAGGUACGAUCGAGUACCUUUACAUUUGUCGUCAAUCCAUACAGUAUGCUUGUCUAAACGGUUUGCCAUUGCUUGCAGUGGAAUUGAAGCUUAUAUCCUUCCUGCGAUUGACUCUACAGUUGCAUAUUGAUUAACACAUCUCAUGUUGAGUGUUUUUUGAAGAACUGUUACACAGUUUUCUUAUACAAAAAAGAAACACUUUCUUCUAAAACAUAAUUGUGCACGUUGAAAUUUCAAUGAACAGCUCGAUUAAUGUGUUUAUUUUCUUUCUUCUGUGUACAUUGUAUCUUGUAAAAACACACACACACACAUACACAUAUUUGCGUUUGUUCAUACUGCACAAAACUCAUCCUACAACGCCCCACGCACCCGCUCCCCGUAGAACCCUCAGCUAGAUACUCAAUUAUUUCUGUUUAUUUUUCAACGCUCACGUGUAAUGAUAAUCAAACGCAAUGGUCCCCAAGACAAACACAACCCAAACACACAUAAACACACAAGCAAAGCAGCAAUUUAAAGGUAACGUAGGCACAACGGUCUGUCAAUCGUUUUGUCGUAUUUUCCUCCAGUCUUUUGAUUCGAGCAAUGAUCUGUGCCCAUGAGGAGCGUGAACAAUGAAACACACGCAAGAAGAAAUCAACUGCAUGAGCAAUAGGAAUUCUGUAGCUAAAUAAUCAAAACUCACAUAAUACACACUACACACUACUGCACAGCCAACUAACACAAACCACAACGGAGCAUGAGCACGAUUUUGCCACAAAUUGUGUAGGCAAAACGUACCAAACGAAGGCAAACGAUCCACGUUCCAGCCAGACCAAAAUCGAGUUGAAAUAGCUCUCGAAUCGUUUGAAAGCGGGAAAACAUGCACACGUGUGCGGUCCUCUACUACCCUGUCCUGUCCCACACAGGUAGUGUACUGACUGGAAUGGGAUGAGAGCAUCUUAUGAGCUUUUUGAUGUGUCUACCGACCAAUAAUGGAAUGGCGCAAUGAGUAACACAAUAAGUGAAUGACGCAGGUGAAUCUUGUUAGCAUCAUCACGCAAACCCUAGAGUAAACGAUAUAUUCAUAUAUUUAUAUAUUUUUCAAAUGUAUAAGAAUUUUCGAAAAAUAACAUAUUCUUACAAACACACACACAAACACACUCAAACACAAACACACAAAAUCGGUAGAUGAGAGGAAGUUUUUUUGCUACUGUUAAUAAUGCAGAGCUUUUCCAAGUGUUCCAUAACUUUUUACCACAGAAAAAGUUUACCAAACUGCUGGUAAUAAAAUGUUAGCCAAGAAACUUCAACUGAAUUUUCCCGGUACAGCAAAGGUUGUGUUAUUUUGCUUCAACAAAAUGGAUUUCUUGGAAAACGAACCCCCAAGACGUGUAGCGAAUUUUUGGUCAUGAAAUAUUCAAUAUCGCUUCUGAGUGGCCUGCAAAGGAAGAAAAGUACUUUAAAGGUCACAUUGUGAGGAGUUCAUGCUUUUGGUUUUCGUUCUACAAUGUAUACUCCUUUACACCAAAUUUUAGAUUUUGGUUAUAGAAAGAAUUAAAAUACACACUACACCCAACCAAGGAUUGGACACACACCUACAUGAUCGCAUCCAUAAGCAAACAAAUCCACUCUAGAUAUAUGGAAAAAAAGUUAUACAAUGUGACAGUGGCAAAGGAAAACUUUAUCUAUUGAAUGUAAUUUUCUACAACUGUUCAAGCUGUUACCAGACCAAAGAAUAAGAAAAAAAGAAGGGUUGGAAAUUUAAAACUCAUAAACUCUAGUACGUAUCAUUCAUCCAUACCCUCGGGAGAAAAAUAUAUUAAAUCUGAUCUAAAAAAACAUUGACCCUGAAAAGAGCAACAACAACAACUAAAACCAACUUUCAAACAAUCUAUUUCAAUGAUCUGCGCGCGCGCGCCCAUCAAUGCGUUUUUCUAUGCCCGAAACCAUUCAAAUGACGUUUAAUAGAUCGUGUCAGCCGCAGCAGCUAAAUCAUACAUACUGUUUAAAAACAACAAAAAAAGAGAUUAUGAGAAAUCUGUAAACUGAGAGUGAAAGUAGAGUAGAUUCGAAAUUGAUGCUUCUCCUUUUGCGUAGGACGUUUUGUAUACAUUCACUGCAUGUUUAUUGCGUAAAGAGCCUCGCUUUUCACUCCGAAUGUAAUGUGGUUCCAUCCAGAAUUGAGAGAGCUUUAUUGACCAGAGAGAGAGAGAGAGAGAGAGAGAGAGAGAGAGAGAGAGCCAGAGAGCGUACAUUCGCGGAAAG